GCCCCGCCGUGGCGGAGGGGGACGAGUACGAGAGCCUGCCCAGCGGCGCCGCGCUCGGCACGCACAUGGUGGCCGGGGCGGUGGCGGGAAUCAUGGAGCACACGGUCAUGUACCCCGUGGACUCGGUCAAGACAAGGAUGCAGAGCUUGCAGCCGGACCCCAAAGCCCAGUACAGGAGCGUGUACGAAGCUCUGAAGAAGAUUGUCCUCACUGAGGGGCUCUGGAGGCCUUUACGUGGGAUUAAUGUCACCAUGCUGGGGGCUGGCCCUGCCCACGCCAUGUACUUUGCCUGCUAUGAGAAAAUGAAAAAGUCCCUCAGUGACACUCUCCAGCAGGGAGGAAACAGCCACCUGGCCAAUGGGAUAGCCGGGAGCGUGGCCACGCUGCUCCACGACGCCGUGAUGAAUCCUGCCGAAGUGGUGAAGCAGCGGAUGCAGAUGUUCAACUCGCCGUACAAGUCGGUGCUGUCCUGCGUGAGGACCGUGCAGAGGACCGAGGGCUUCGGGGCCUUCUACCGCAGCUACACCACCCAGCUGACCAUGAACGUGCCCUUCCAGGCCAUCCACUUCAUCACCUACGAGUUCAUGCAGGAGCACAUCAACCCCCGCCGCGAGUACAACCCCCGGUCCCACAUCGUGUCCGGGGCCGUGGCGGGCGCCGUGGCCGCCGCCGCCACCACCCCGCUGGACGUCUGCAAAACCCUCCUGAACACGCAGGAGAACACGGCCCUGAGCUCCCUCAACAUCAGCGGGCACCUCUCAGGCAUGCUGAACGCCUUCAGGACCGUCUACCAGCUGGGGGGGCUGCCUGGCUUCUUCAGGGGGGUCCAAGCUCGGGUCAUCUACCAGAUGCCCUCGACGGCCAUCGCGUGGUCGGUGUACGAGUUCUUCAAGUACUUCCUCACAAAGCACAAGCUGGAGAAAAGAACAUCCUUGUGAAGGUUGCACAGGAGCCUCGGUGGCCCCUCUGUGGGUCCCCUCUGUGUGUGUCACCCCCUUCCUCCCCAGCCAGCUCUGGGACACACAUCCCACUGGAGGAACAUGUGUUUCUGGAGGAUUCCCAUCCCGACAUCCACACCUCCCUCCUCGAGGGGAGAUCCUGGGUCCUCCUGGCUUUAAACAAAAAUUUUAUAAAGACUUCUAAUAAUAUAUAUAUAUAUAUUUAAUAACUUUAUUUUUGGAGGAACCAACUUGCCAACUGCUAUUUUUUUUUCUUCUGGAUAAGAUUGAAGGUGUAGUUUCCUCCUUUCCUUAGGUUGGACAAAACCUAAGCUGAGUGGGUUGUUUGGGGGUUUUUUUUUGGGUUUUGUUGUUGGUUUUUUUUUUUACAGCAAAGAAGCAGAAUAUCCUGUCACAGAACUUAACUUUUAUAGAAAUAUAAAAGAGGUGGAUAAUGUUUAUCCUUUAUUUUUCUAUGGAAGCAUUUGGGUUGUUUUCUAAAAAUGCUUAUUACAGCUGGAUGUGAAGCUGUUUAAAAAGGGCUGAACUCUUCCAUCCCAUGGGAGGAAGACACAAAAGCAUUUAUUUUUAUAGCCAGAUUGGCUUUAAUUUUACAGCAUUUAACCCCCAAAUGGUGACCUGGAUUCUCACCUGGGUGUCAGGUACUUGGUGGCCCCUUGAGACUUGUUGGGAUGGGGGGGAGAAGGAAUUUUGAGGAGCACCCCGAAAUCCCUGGUCACUUUGGGGGUUGGGGGGUGGAAAAAGGGGAAAACUCCUUUCCAUUUUUUACAAGGAGACUCUUUAAGAUGUAGAUUUUUACAGUACUUAUUUUGCAGACUCUCUUAUUUUUAAAGGUACAUUUUUAUGGCGUGUGACAGCUGAGCAACCUUCAUCCUCCCUUAAUUUAUUCCCAGUUUUCUCCCUAAAGCCCUGAUCCUGCUGCCAGGAGCAACCUGGGCUCCAAGUGGGUCCAUGGAGCUGCUCUGCUCCCAGGAAAAGGGGGGCACCUGGAGCUUCUGUUUACAGUUUGGCCCCUGAGUUGCAGGGGUCACAUCCUGGCAGUUCCCAAACCAGCAGCAGAAACCUUGGAAAAGCCUUAGGGAAGAACCAAAGCCACCUCCCAGCUUGUGUUUGACGAGGAGCUCUGUUGAAGAGGGGGAAAAAACUCACCCUGGGGGGAGGAAAACUCACCCUGGGGGGAGGAAAAAUCCACCCUGGGGGAGGCAAAAGACCCACCCUGGGGGGGAAAAUCCACCCUGGGGGGGGGAAAAAAACCCCCCCGGGGGGGGGGAAAAUCACUGCUGGGGGGAGGAAAACCCACCCGGGGGGAGGAAAACCCACCCUGGGGAGGUUCCUCGUGCCCUGGGUUUGGUUUUCCUGCUGUGGGAAUGCUGAGCUUUGGGGCAGGGUGGCAGCCUCCCUGUGUGCCCUGCUCCUCUUGGGAAGGGCUCUCCCAACCCCAAAUCCCUCCCCUUUUAGCCCCUUGGGUGAUCCAGGAGGGAUUUGAGGAGCCUGGAUGUGCAACCAGCAAUUCCAGGGCACCAGCUGGUCCAUCCCCACCCUCCCUGGGACUUGCCCUGCUCUGCACCCUGGGAUGUGGCUUUGGGAGCAGCUUUAGGGCUGGGAUGUGUCCCUGGAGUGUCCCACCAGCCAGUUGUGUCCCUUAGGAUGACACUAAUCCCAUCUAAUCCCUUUGCUCUGGGAUUUUUGGGGUUUUUUUUGAGAAGGUGAAUCCCAGAGCUCCUCUCUGUGCCUUGUGUAAAUGAACCUCUUGGGGAAACGAGCUUUGCUCAAUGCUUUAUUUUUUUUGUCUUUAAAGGAACUAAUCACUGUGUCAAACUCACCCUGUGUCUUAAAAGUGGCAAAGUUCAGCUGGUUUUGCACUGAGUGUUUCCAGGGAGGUGAAAUUUUGGGGGCACUUUGAUGGUGAAGAGGCAAAUUGUAGCAUCCUGGGGGGUGGUGGCAGCUUUUAGUGCCAGUUCAGGAGUGGUGCCUCUUGCAUCAUCCCCUUCCUCUGGCUGCUGCUUUGAUAUUCCUGCCUUCCCCUUUGGGGUUCUGGGAGAGCCUCAUCUCCUGCUUGGAGUCUGGAUUUGCCUGUGGAGAAGUCGGGAUGUUGGUUGAGUUUUUGGCCAGCUGAGCAUCUCCUCGGAGAGGGGAGAGCAGGGGAACCUCCUGAGUGUUCAGCACCAAUAAUUAGUAAUUAUCAACAAAUAAUUAUUAAUUAAACCCCGGGUUUUCUUGGGAAUUUGCUCUUCCUCGAGCUGGGAGUGGAUAAAGGAGCACUUGGACAUUUAUCAGGCUCUCCCUGGAUUUCUGGCUCUCCCAUAAAACCAGCCCAGUUGGGGUAAUAACUCCAGAGCUCUCUUCCCUCCAGCAGGAAGCGUUUCCUGAUGCUGGAUCCCCCUUCCCAAAGCCCCUCCUCUCUCCUAGUUUGCAUUUGAAAGCCGAGCUUUGAGCCUGAAGUUUGAUUUUUUUUUUUUUUUAGCCUGGUCUGUGAAACAUGUUCUGCUGCUUCCUCUGCAAGAAACGCACAUCACUCAUUAUUUAAGGGGAGGAGGAGGAACUUUGCAGUUCUUCAGUCGUAUUUGUGUUUUUUUUGAUUAAAAAAAAAAGUGUUCUCUUAAAUGUGUAUUUAAUAAUGCAGGAGUUCUUUUGUGAGAUGCUGCUACAGUUGUUAUCACUGGAGCUCAAGGAAAUAAAAUAUCCCGAUUUUUGUGCUGG